UCCGCCAGCCUGCGUAGUGCAGGACCCCGCCCUGCCUUAGGCCUGCACCGAGCCGAGACCCAGGAGCUUCUCUGCGAUCCCCGCGCGAGGACGUGGUGUGGGCCGCGGGGUGGAACGGCCUGCCCCCCAGCUCACGUCGCGGCCCGCCCCCUUGAGAGGUUAUAAAUUGCUCGCUCCCUACCACGAACCUAGUGGCUGCCUCGCUAGCUGGUCUUUGGCUCUUCGAACUGCCGUGCCAUAGCUUCCGGUGCCUCAGCCGCGCUGCUUGGGCGCGUCCGCGGGCUCCCGUGCUCUGCGCGAAGCCCUGGCCCCGGCGGCCAGGGCAUGGACCAGGGGCGUGGGGCGAGGCGGCUUCUCGCGGGGCCGUGACCUGCACCGGCUUCAGCAUGAAGACCCUCAUAGCAGCAUACUCUGGGGUCCUGCGAGGUGAGCGUCGGGCAGAGGCUGCCCGAAGUGAGGGCUCCCAUAGAAGAUCUCCGCUGUCCCGUGAAGGGUCAGGAAAAUGGGGUGCUGGCUCCAGCAUCCUCUCCGCUCUUCAGGACCUCUUCUCUGUCACCUGGCUGAACAGAUCCAAGGUGGAAAAGCAGUUGCAGGUCAUCUCAGUACUACAAUGGAUCCUGUCCUUCCUCAUUCUAGGAGUGGCCUGCAGCGCCAUCCUCAUGUACACAUUCUGCACUGACUGCUGGCUUAUUGCGGUGCUCUACUUCACCUGGCUGGCUUUCGACUGGGACACACCCAAGAAAGGUGGCAGGAGAUCACAAUGGGUACGAAACUGGGCUGUGUGGCGCUACUUCCGAGACUACUUUCCCAUCCAGCUGGUAAAGACACACAACCUGCUAACCACCAGGAACUAUAUCUUUGGCUACCACCCCCAUGGCAUCAUGGGCCUGGGUGCCUUCUGCAACUUCAGCACAGAGGCUACUGAAGUGAGCAAGAAGUUCCCUGGCAUACGGCCCUACCUGGCCACACUGGCUGGCAACUUCCGGAUGCCUGUACUUCGAGAAUACCUGAUGUCAGGAGGCAUCUGCCCUGUCAACCGGGACACCAUAGACUACUUGCUGUCAAAGAAUGGGAGUGGCAAUGCCAUCAUCAUCGUGGUGGGGGGUGCGGCUGAGUCCCUGAGCUCCGUGCCUGGCAAGAACUCGGUUACCUUGAAGAACCGCAAAGGCUUUGUGAAACUGGCCCUGCGCCAUGGAGCUGACCUGGUUCCCAUCUACUCCUUUGGGGAGAAUGAGGUAUACAAGCAGGUGAUCUUCGAGGAGGGUUCCUGGGGCCGAUGGGUCCAGAAGAAGUUCCAGAAGUACAUCGGCUUUGCCCCAUGCAUCUUCCAUGGCCGAGGCCUCUUCUCCUCUGACACCUGGGGGCUGAUGCCCUACUCCAAGCCCAUCACCACUGUCGUGGGCGAGCCCAUCACCAUCCCCAGGGUGGAGCACCCGACGCAGAAGGACAUUGAUCUGUACCAUACAAUGUACAUGGAGGCCCUGGUGAAACUCUUUGACAAACACAAGACCAAGUUUGGCCUCCCGGAGACCGAAGUCCUGGAGGUGAACUGAUCCAGCCCUUGGAAGGAACCGGCUGCAAAGUGUUUUCUACCAAGUUCUCAAAUGCUUUUUGUUCUGUAAAUUUGGAAGUGUCAUGGGUGUCUGUGGGUUAUUUAAAAGAAAUUAUAAUUUGUUAAACCAUUACAAUGUUAAGUGUUUUUUAAGAAGGAAAAAAAAUAUAUUUUAAGCUGUUUCACUUCCAGUGUGUCCUGUUCUAGGUGGUGGCUAACACAUCUGGGCCUUAAUGGUUUCUCAAUCAAACCCCUGGUUCCCUUUCUGAAAUGACAGAGACAACUCAGUUCUGGUUAAUUGGGGAAGGAUGGCCAUUAGUGAUUCAGGCCAGUUCGAUGGUUCAUUUUUUGCUCCCAGGCAUGAGAAGCAGAAGCCACUUCUAAUACAAACACCUCUUGCCACCACCCUGUGCUUAACUGAAAGACUUGGUCCCUGUUGCCCAGGGGAAGACAUGGAGGGCACAGCUGUCCCCGCUUUGGAAGGGCAGUAGUGAGCAUCUGGAACGCUCCAGCUUGAGUCUCCUCUCUACCCCUUGACCCGAACCCUGUCAAAUCUGAGCCUGAACCAGCUGCCAGUGAUAAUGUGCUGAGGACAGGGCUGUCCCAGAGACACCAUCUCUGGGAUUCUCCAGAAUGCUGGAGAGUAACUGGCUUUGCUCAGGAAGCUGAUGGCGUGGACUCUGCACAGACUCAGCCUUGACCUGGAGCAUGUCCUUCCCAGUGGCCUGGGUUUGACCAAGCCACACCCCGAGUCUGGUGUAAGGGAGGCCUUCUGCACAGCACACUGGGUCCAGGACAGAAGGCCCUGAACCUAAGCCUCACAUAUUUGUGCCUUUCUGAGGGGCUUGGAGCCAGGGAGGCAACCCAGCCCCUCCUCUGUGUGUUGUUUUCUCUCCGUGACAUCAUUGUACCAUGUCAGUCUUUUGUAUAUUCCUAGACAAAUAAAUGGAAAAAAGAACCCUC